AUGACAUUUGUGUUUUGCCAGCUCGGGCGUUCGUGCCAUACGCGCUUCUACCUCAAGCAGGCCUGCCUUGCCAAAAAAGGACACGCUGCUGCCAGGCCAUGUCGCAGGGUGCCGGAGUGUUCAGCUACGACAAGGCGACAGCUCUUGGAGCGGCUGGAGGUGUUGGAGGAGCAGCAGAGGCAAGAAGUUGCUGAAUUGGAGGAGCAACUGCGGGCGUUGGAGCCGGCGGUGCCAACCGAGCCUGUGACGGACGCAAAGCAAAGAAGGAAAGAUUCACCUGAGAUGAUUGCUUUCAAGCAGGAGAAGCGGCGAAAAACCAAAGAACUCAAAGCGUCACAGCUGGCGCAGCGUGAAAGCUUUUGGAGCAGCUUGUCUGAUUUGGAACUGGAUGUGAUGGAAGAAAAGUUUGGGCCACCGUGGCUUGUGAGUGGAAGCUGA